CUGGACGGGACGCUCCGGCUGGGCUGUGUCUGCUGAUGAUGCGGCUAAGGUCCAGGUGUGCGAUGAGGACAGCCAGCUGAUUUAUUUAUUUGUUUUUCAUCAUUUUCCCCCCUUCUUUCCCUUAGCAUCUCGUCUCAGAGUCUGUCUCCGGUUCAUCCACCUUCUUACUUGCAUCUGUUAUUCCAUCCAUCUAACCCACAAGAUUGCAAAGAUCCUGCCAGCUGACAGUCAUGGUUUCCACAGCUUUAUUAUUGCUGGGCCUCUUCUCGUCUGUACCAAUCACAUUGGCCGUCUUGUUUGGAGAGCCCAGGAUAUAUGGAGAGGAAGCUACUGGAUAUGGCCCCAUUUUUGAAGAGGAACCAAUGGAUGUGGUCUACACUGAUGACUCACCUGAUAAGAGGAUCUCUAUGAACUGCAGAGCACGUGCAAAUCCUCCAGCCACAUACAGGUGGCGUCGGGACAACUGGGAAAUAAAGCUAAUGGAGCAGCCUGAUGAACACUACAGCCUAGUUGGUGGAAACCUGGUUAUCACUAACCCAAUCCAGAAGAAACAUGCAGGGACCUACACCUGUGUGGCCCGGAAUAUCUACGGCACCGUUCUCAGCAAGGAGGCCAGGGUUAAGUUUGGAUAUAUUGAAGAGUUUCCGGAUGAUGAGAGGGACCCAGUGUAUGCUAAAGAAGGUCAGGGGGCAGUUCUGUUGUGUGUUCCACCAAAAGCCUGGCCAAAGGAAGUUACAUAUCGAUGGAUCUAUAACGAGUUCCCAGUUUUCCUGCCCACAGACCGCCGUCGGUUUGUCUCUCAGAAGACAGGGAACCUUUACAUCUCAAAGGUUGAAGCUCAGGAUGCAGGAAACUACUCCUGUUUUGUUUCUAGUCCCAUAAUAGGAAAGAGCGUCUACUCCAAAUUUAUCCCUCUCAUCCCUUUACCUCCAGAUGAUGGUGAGGAGAGAAAAUAUCCAGCAGACAUUAGGGUGAAGUUUCCAGACACCACUGCAAUGCUGGCCUCCAAUAUUACAUUGGAGUGCUUUGCUCUUGGAAAUCCCAUCCCGCACAUUGUAUGGAGGAAGGUUGACGCCACUGACCUCCCUGCCAAUCAUGAGAUCAGUGAAUCAGGUGCUGUGCUUCAUCUCUACAAUGUUCAGUAUGAAGAUGUUGGAGCAUAUGAAUGCGAAGCUAUCAACACCAAAGGAAAGGACUGGCACAAAGCCUGGCUUUAUGUGGAAUCUGCACCUGAAUGGGCGGAAACUAUCAACAACACACAAGUGGAUAUUGGAUCUGAGCACACGAUGCGUUGCGUGGCUUCAGGAAAACCCUUCCCUUUCAUCAGCUGGUACAAAGAUGGGUAUAUGUAUGGCAAAGGUGAGCUAAAGUUUUCCAGUCUGACUUUUGAUGACUCUGGGAUGUACCAGUGUAUUGCUGAGAAUUACUGGGGCAUCAAAUAUGCCAAUGCUGAGCUGCGAGUUGUUGCCUGGGCUCCAAACUUUGAGCUCAAUCCCGUAAAGAAGUAUCUACUUGGAGCUAAAGCCGGACGAGUGGUGAUAGAGUGUAAGCCAAGAGCUGCUCCAAAACCUCGAUUCACCUGGACAAAGGGCAAGGAGGUCCUCUUCAACAACUCCCGUGUUUCUAUCAUGCUCGAUGGCAGCCUGGAGAUCUUGAACGCCACCAAAAACGAUGAAGGGUUUUACACCUGUGUCGCCGAAAAUGACAGAGGAAAAGCCAGCAGUUCAGGAUAUCUCACCAUCACAGAGGCAACAGGUAUCACUGUAGCACCUGAGGACUCCGAGGUCAGAGUUGGAGACGAGGUGGUUCUCCGAUGUGCUGCUUCGUAUGACUCCAUGCUGGACGUCACUUUUAUCUGGGCCAUUGACCUCAGAGUCAUUGACUUUAAUGCAGAGUGGCCACACUAUGAGAGAGUAAUGAGUGAAGAUGGAGUUGGUGACUUGAAAAUAAAAAAUGCACAGAUUUGGCAUGAGGGUCGUUACACCUGCACUGCUCAGACUGUGGUAGACAGUGACACUGCUUACGCUGACCUGAAAGUUGUAGGUGUUCCCGGCCCUCCUGGUGUGCUCCGCAUCGAGGAGAUCGGAGACACUUGGGUAAGGCUUUUGUGGUCUAAAGGAUCUGAGCACAACAGUCCCAUCUUAUACUACACUAUUCAGACCAGACACUACUGGGCUCUAAAUGAAGAUGACUGGAGGAAUGCCAGUACAUCUCCAUCCGUUCUUGAUGGAACUAUGGAGAAAGCAGAUGUUACUGACUUAUAUCCGUGGAUGGAGUACCAGUUUAGGAUCAUUGCCACCAAUGAGUAUGGAUCUGGGGAGGCCAGUAUACCUUCUCUCAAGAUCAAAACCUGGGGUGCUCCUCCAGUUGUUUCUCCUACAGAAGUGGCCGGAUAUGGAGGUAGAAAUGGCGAGAUUAUCAUCACUUGGAAGCCUGUGGAGCCCUGGUAUUUCUAUGGCAGGAAAUUUGAGUACACUGUCGCAUUCAAGCCUCAUGACGCCUACGAUUGGUGGUAUGAGACCAUCUCAGACCCAGAGACCAGACGAUAUGUUCAUAGAGAUCCCUACUUCAUUCCCACCGAGGAGGAUUUCCAGGUGCGAGAGUUUCAGGUGAAGAUCAAGUCAGUUAAUGAGAAAGGGCCCGGACCGUACAGCCUCACCAAGGUCAUCUAUUACCCGAGAGAUGUUCCAAUAGAGCCUCCUACAGAUGUCUAUGCCAGGCCAGUAUCCUCCACUGAAGCAGUGGUUUGGUGGCUGCCUGUUGUUGAUACUGGAACAGGUCUACAGCAGUACAUUGAGGGAUAUCAGGUCAAAUACUGGAGAAAAUAUGAUGACCCAGAACCAGGAGCAAAUCGCAUAUUUGUUCCAGCCACAGUCAAUCAGACCCGACUGGAGAAUAUGCUGCCAGAUUCACAUUACCUCAUUGAGGUCCGGGCCUUCAACGGAGCAGGCCUUGGACCGCCUGGUGAACACUGCGAGAUGUUCACAAAGAGAGCACCACCCUCUGAGCCUCCCCGGAUGUGGCGCUAUGUCAGCUGGACAGGACAAUGGCUGUAUGUAUGGUGGGAUCAUAUCCAGUAUGACUGGUUUGGGAAUGUCUCUUUCCCAUUGUACUACAAGGUCAUGUUUAGAAAAACAGGGUAUAUAUACGGGAAGGUCUAUAUCACCGGCUGGCACUUUAUGGACUUCCCAAUGCCUCAGUUUGGUGACUAUGAACUGAUGGUUCGUGGUCGCUAUGAAGGGGGAGAUGGCCCAGUCAGGAUGAUAAGUAUUAAGGGUAAAGCAUCCCUCACCACACCCACAUUAGGUUUCUUAUCUUUGUUGCUGCUGGCGCUGUGUAUUACAGGUUUGUAAAUUUAAAUCACAAGCAGGUUUGUUGUAUAUAAUGGACUAUAGGAAGCCAAUACUUGGACCUCAUGGAAGAUCGAUUCAUCGUGAAAAUGUUCACAAUAACUAGUAUCCAUUUUUACAGUAUUCCUGAAGGUAAAAAGUAGAAUUUUGAUUUCCAAAUAAAAGUGGUUUGUUUGCAGUGCAGUAAUUCUGUAAUGUACUGCGCAAAGACAGCAGCAAGAUAUCUAAAAAGAAGAGUGGGAAUUUUAGCAAAGAUUUUCAUGCACAAGUUCAAAAUUGUUAACAGUUGAAAUUCUUUCCAGAAUAUAUAAAGACAGAUACAGACUGCUGUAGCAUAUAAUUAAAACACUGCUUAGGUAGUAAUAAAUGUAAAGUAACUGAAUUGCACUAAAACUAGUUGUUUUGAUCAUAUUUAUUUAUUAAUUUAUUAAUUUAUUUUAAUUUACCUGGACAUUUUUUUCAAGAGUGCUGUGUAUUAGGAAUUUUCCACAAAUACAACUAAUCAUUGCCAGUGUUUUUGAUAUACUUCUAAACUGCUGAGCCACUAAAACUUAGUUUGGCAUUUGUUGUUAAGCCAGGGUUUCCACAUAAAAACAUCACAUACAUGAACAGGAAAAAUUUGCAAAAUUCACAAAUCAAUUUUUUACCAACCUUUAGCCACUGUCUCUUCAUACUGUGUGUUUCCUGACACCUCUAGGGACAAAUCAAGGCAACAGUAGCUGGUUGUGCAGAAAGGUUCCAUUUGGUCUCCCUUUGGGUCUGUCUUUGGGUCAAAGAUGUACAGUUCUGCUUUUGUAGAUCUAUUUGGAUCUAUUUUCACCUGUAUAAAAACAAUUCUAAUCAGUGAUUUGGGGGUUUGUGUUAAGCUACAGCUAAACUGCAUAAAAGCGACAGCGCCCCAAAACAACUCCUUAAAAAAAGAGCUAAAAAUGCACAGAACUGAGGAAAAAAGUCAUUAUCUGAGGAUGAUUUUGUGCAAAAAAUGCAAUGAACAUUUUUUUAUUGUCCAUAUACUUACCCUUAUUUGUUUCAAUGAGAACAUAAUUGUUUUCUUAAAACUUCACUAUUUUUUUUUUAUCUCUACAAUGUAAACCCAGCACUUUUCUUUCUUUUCUAUUUUGCAUAUUAAAAUUUGAAAGGCAUGGAUCACUAAUAAAGAUGCACUUUUAUCUGGUAGAAGGUGAAACCUCACUGAUGUACAAAUGGAUAUGUAUGUUACUGCUACUUUCCUCUAUUUAAAGUUGGAAAACUAAUAAAAAGAA